UUACUAGCACAUUUUAAAAAAGGAGCAUACCCGGCGGACGACAGGAGGUGGUCCGUUCCAUUUCCUAAAUCAGUCGAGCAUCCAGUGGUGUGGUUCCAAGCGAAAGGAAGAGAGUGCGAUGGGUCCAACAAAGACGACGGGGCGUUGGAUCUCGCAAGAAGCGUUUGAGGAUCUGGUGAAGGAGAACAUCGACGACCUCGGCAUGGACCCCACCGAGGCUCUUCAAGACGCCAUCCAAACCCUCACUCUCCAAGGCGUCGAUCUCUCAGGCAUCGUCACCUGCGUCCCGGGUCACACCAACGCCAACCCCGUCAUCGACUGCUUGAAUCGCUUGACCCACCUCCGCACCCAACCAAACCAGCACGAAAUCGCCCAAGCCUUCGACACACUCCACCACCUCUGCUCAAAUGCAAAUGCAAAUUCAAAUUCAAAUUCAAAUUCAAAUGCAGCCAUCGCCACCAAAAACGGCGCCCUCCAGCUCGCUUGCUCGCUCUGCUCCGAGAUUCCCCUCUCCGACUCCGCCCUUCUCUCCGCUCUAAACGCCUUGUCGUCGUUGCUUCACGAUGUUCACAGCACGGGCACGUUUCACCGCUGCGACGGACCGAAGCACGUGAUCGGGUUUCUGGUUGCGAAUAAGGGACGCGUGGAGGUCUUGAGCGGCGGCUUCCGCGUCGUGGCGGCGGCGGCCACCGGCGAUGAGAUUGUGAAGGAGGCCUUCAUGGAGUUGAAGGUUGAUGAGUUGAUUCUGGAGAUAAUGUCGUUGCAUAAGGGGAUCCAGAGUUUGUAUGACGCCAUUCGCGCGCUUUUGACUCCGGAUGACGCUCGAGUUGUGGCUUCUCAAGUAUAUGGUUAUGCACGGAAAUUUGCAAAGAUUGGAAUUGCAGAAGCCCUUGUCGAUUCUCUGAGUGCAGGGCUUAGCUCACCAGACCUAGUUUCAGCAUGUACCACUUUAAAGGCCAUUGCGGUAAAUGAUGAAAUAUGUAAAUCCAUUGCUGAGAAAGGUGGUAUUGAUGCAGUACUCAGAUGUAUAGAUGACAGUGGUGAACAAGGGAACAAAGCUGUGGCCAAAGUUUGUUGCUCAUUGCUUUCAAAGUUAGCAGGAAGUGACAUGAAUAAGAGUGCAAUUGUUGGAAAAGGAGGCAUGGAUAAGCUAAUCAAACUUUCAGCCAGAUUUGCUGAUGACCCUUCUGUUUUGCAAGAGAUUAUGUCUAUUAUUUCUGUGCUUUCUUUAAGAGCCCCGGAAAAUGCAGCCCGUGCAAUUGAAGCUGGUGCUGGUGACCUCGCCAUUCAAGCUAUGCAGAAAUUUCCUGCUGCACACCAAAUGCAGAGAAACUCCUGUCUUAUGAUCAGAAAUCUAGUAGUGAGAAAUCCAGAGAACAGAACUAUCUUGCUUAAUAAUGGAAUUGAGGAAUACAUAAGGAAAGCAAAGCAAGCACAUAGCAACUGUAAGGAUGCUGCUACAGAUGCGCUGAGGGAUUUGGGGGUUGAUAAUUACAACUUGUAGUUGAUAACUUUUUUUUUUUACCUUUGUAUUUUUUCCGAAGAAAAAAAGAAAACAAGUGAGUGUAUGACUGUAUAUUUUAAUCGUCUCGUCUAUAUUCUCUUCACGAAUAUUGGAUUUGCGGAAUUCAUUGUACAAAUUGAGGCUGAACCUAAUAUUGUAUUUCUUUUUCUGUUA